CGUUAUUUAAUAUUCAAAAAAAAGUCACUAACUUCCAGCGUAAACAGCUCAAGCGUUUGAGGAUACCGUUGUGCCUUCAGUGCUUUCCGUUGAGGAGACCGUGGUGGAGGACACUGUGGUGGAGGAAGCUAUGGUGGAGGACACCGUGGUGGAGGAAGCGCUGGUUGGGGACACUGUGGUGGAGGAAGCGCUGGUUGAGGCCUCUGUGGUGGUUCUCGGUUUGCACGGCGGUCCCCAUGGUCCAUGUCCAUGUCCACCUGGACCUCCGGGGCCGCGAUGUGGGCCUCCUGGACCUCCUGGACCUCCUGGUCCUCCUGGUCCGCCUCCUGGACCUCCUGGUCCGCCUGGACCACGACCACCAGGUCCGCGGCCUCCUGGACCACCUGGACCACCUGGACCACCUGGACCACCGGGGCCACCAGGACCACGUGGGCCGCGACCUCCAGGACCUCCAGGUCCUUGGGCAGAGGCCACAGCUACCAGAGCAACAAGAGCAACAAGGAUGAGGGUACGCAUUUCGUUAUCGGAUAGUAAACGACUCGAACUGAUCUCGGCAUCCCCCAAUAGCUCUAUAUAUACCCACCGUCUGGAGAAAGUCUUCUCCGCACAUGUGUUCCAUCGGUGACGUGUGUGGCCCGAG